ACAAUACUGUUGAUCCACUGAGCAUAGUGAAUACAUUCACUUUUUACUUGUGAUGAUUCUGUGAUUUCAUAUUUUGAAGACAUGAAAACGGUUCUUCUUCUUUUUGUUGUAUUUAGUUGUGAGGCACUCGAAGAUAUUGGUGUACAUAAAGAAUGGCUACGCUUCCAGGAACUGUUUGGAAAAAAAUAUACAUCAACCAAGGCAAGAGAUCAGAGAUUUACGACGUUCAAAAAUAACCUUAAAACAAUAGCACAUCACAAUUCUUUGUAUCGAGCUGGAAACACGACAUACAGAAUGGGUGUGAACCAAUUUACCGAUUGGAGUCCCGAAGAACACUCACUAUACGUGAAUAAAUUCAAGGUUAUGAAUAACUCCAAUGUAAAAGUAGUGUCAUAUCACGCUGUGAAUGAAACAAUUCCUGAAUCCAUCGACUGGAGACUACGAGGGGCAGUAACAGAAGUGAAGAACCAAGGUCAUUGCGGAUCCUGUUGGGCAUUCAGUGCAGUGGGCGCCCUGGAAGGCCAAGCCAGCAUCCGCCUAGGCAGAAGAGUCAGGCUGAGCGAGCAGAACCUCCUGGACUGCGCGGACGCCGACUACGGCAACCAUGGCUGUAACGGCGGAGACAGCUACUCCGGCUUCAUCUACGUCCAGAAUUACGGCAUCCAGUCCGGACAGACCUACCCCUACGUGGCCGCGCAGGGAAAAUGCCGUCAAAAAACCGCCGAGCUAUACGUGGAGGAUUAUUUCUUCCUGCCCAACUCGGAGGAGCAGCUGAAGACGGCCGUGGCGACCCUAGGUCCCAUCGCCGUGGCCAUCGAGUCCACCCAGGUGCUGCAGCACUACGCCGGAGGCAUCUUCUUCGACCGGACCUGCACGGGCAGGUUGAAUCACGGCGUGCUGGCCGUCGGUUACGGCGUGGAGGCGGGCCAGGAGUACUGGCUGAUCAAGAACUCCUGGGGGUCGGCUUGGGGCGAACAGGGUUACUUCAGGCUGGCGAGGAAUAGGUACAAUAAUUGCGGGAUAGCCGAUUACGCCAGUCGCGCAACUGUUCGUCCUGGGAAUUGAAUAUUCGAUAGUGUUUGCAGAGCCUUUGCUAGCCAAACUGCCACCCUAGGACGAUAGCCAAUUUGCCGCCCUAACAAAAGUCAAUUCAGCCGAAUGCAAUAUUUGUUGAUUGGAUUCUUGUGCCUAGGGAUGGAAAAUUGAAGGCAUCUCUUAGAAAGAUUUUGAUAAUACCAAAGGGGGAAUAUUCAAUAACAAAAAACCAACAAUUUUGAACCUGUGUAAAAAUUUAAAUUAAUAUCAGGAUUGGUGAAAAAACAGAAAACCUUCGUGUUUUUCUUUCAUAUUAUAAUAAUAAUAAUAAUAAUAAUAAAAUAAUAAAAUUUAUUUCAAAGUAUGUUUCACAACAAUCUACAGAUCAAUCAUGAGCAUAAGAUGAAAUAUCGUCAUUCAAGUCUGGAUCAUCCAUCAAAAUA